UGUCUGUCCUGUGGUCCUUGAACGCCUGUUAAAGACCGUGUGACGACCCCGUCAGCGCUGAGCUAGACGACGAGACCGUGUCAGAUGAAGAUGUCGACGCAGGAUUCAGAGGCCUCUUCGCCAAACUCGCCGGAGCCGACAUGGAGAUCUCUGCUGUGGAGCUGAAGACCAUCCUGAACAAGAUCGUCGCCAAACGAACUGACAUAAAGACGGACGGCUUCAGUAUGGAGACCUCCAGGGUCAUGGUGAACCUGAUGGACAAGGACAGUGGGAACGGGAAGCUCGGCCUCGGAGAGUUCGCCACUCUGUGGAAGAAGGUGCAGAGAUACCUGACCAUCUACAAGAAGAACGACACUGAUAAUUCAGGGACGAUGAGCACUCCAGAGAUGAGAGUGGCCUUCAAAGACGCAGGCUUCACUCUCAACAACGCCAUCUACCAGCUGCUGGUGGCUCGCUACUCAGACCCCGACAUGACCAUCGACUUCGACAACUUCGUCGGCUGUCUGAUGAGGCUGGAGAUGAUGUUCAAGAUCUUUAAGAAGCUCGACGCCCACGACAGCGGCUCCAUCGAGCUCGACUUCAACCAGUGGUUAAACUUCGCGAUGAUCUGAGUCGUCAGAAGAUCCUCUUCCUGUUCCUCCUAAAGUUUCAUAUACAGUCAAUAAAGUUACCCACAAUCCUUUGC